UUCCUUGUCGAUAAGCUGUCAUAAAAUCCAUUUUUCUACUGAUUUACCUCAAAGAUCUUUACAUCAAAGGAAUUCGAAAGAAAAAAAUAAAACCAAAAACAAAGAUAGAUUAUGGCGCCCUCUAAUUGGACCAAAAGCCGAUCCUCGGACUGGUAUUUCCGCGUGGGGACUGGUUUAAGCGUCUCUACAUUGUACUUUCUGAUUGGUUACAAAUUCUUCCCUUUCCAACUUCCGGUCCUGGAUUCCGUCGUCGACAGACUGGUUUUUACGUUGCGAUGGCAACUGUUUGGGUUACUAACCUUAUUUAUGGCAAUGGCAGGCGUGAUGUCCAUACGGGAGAAACACGACUCAGCUGCCAAUCCUAUGGAUCCUAAAGGGCAACAACUCACAAAACUUGCUCAAAACAUUCUACAAAACACACUGGAACAAUAUCUGUUCCACUUCGUUGCUCAGCUGAUCAUGUGUACUUACCUUACAGGAGAAUCAAUGAAAGUAAUACCAUUGCUAAUUAUUUUGUUUGUUGUUGCAAGAAUCGUGUUCAAGAUUGGGUACGAGAAAGAACCAAUGGUGAGAGCAUACGGAUUCUCCUCAACACUUCCGCCUACCAUACUAACGUGUGGCUACUGUCUUUACUGUUUUGUAACAUACGGUGCUGGAUACGGACUAGGAAAGCAAUGAAUUUCGUCAUUAAAAUUAAUAAUUACUACAUUGUAUAUAUGUAACCACAUUUUAGUGUUAACUACAGAAAUAGGAGUAUUUCUGAUUCCGCCGUUACAGUUAAUAACUCAGUAAAGAAUUGAUUGACAGCAUCAA